GCUGGGAUGAGGGAUUUACCCAGCUGAGCAAGGGGCAGAGGGCAAAGCUUACAAUCACCCCAGACUAUGGCUACGGGGCAAGUGGAGCUGCUGGAGUUAUUCCCCCCAACGCCACGCUCAUCUUUGAUGUAGAACUCCUUGACAUCAUCAGGAAGUAGAUGCGACGCCGGACUGACGGAUGCAUUUCAGCAAGAUCAUCAUCAUUCUUAGAAUUUUAUCAUUGAAACCAAUCAUCAUCUGACAUUGUACCCGAGGUCGUCUCACCGGUUUUGUUUUUUUUUAAUUGGUUUGGAUUCAUUUGACCACUUUGUUCUAAGUUACCACCGUUUUAAUAUCGGCUAUGCUGAACGUAAGGUGGAUUCUUUUUUUUUUUUUUUUUUUUUACUUCAGGACAAAUGUCUUCGUUGUGUUUGUCUUUAUCAUUGUGCAUUGGUGUUUUAAAUCAAAGCCACAUACUUGACUACGGUCAUUUACAAAAUUACCUUUGAGGGAAGUUGAUGAAGAAAAUAGUUUUUCUUAGCCGUAUCAUUUGAAUUAUAAAUGGUACACAGAUUUACCAACAUAUGGGUUUUGGCAGUCAUGGCUUGUGGUAGGGAAAUAGAUGUAAAAUAUAUUGUCACUGAAUUUUUGUUACAGUUUUAGAAGACGUUUUGUUAUACUUUCAAUUCUUUUUCAGGUUUUCUGUACUGGUCAAUAUUUUUAUACUUUCUGACACCUUCACUGCCAUAUAUGAGGAAAGACCUUAAUGAAUUUAUUCAGUUUCUUUCAAAAUUAAACUUUAUUGAAAAAAUA